AUGUCAGAAAAUAAAAAUAACAAUUACUUAACGGCUGAGUAUUAUACAACUAGGCGUGCUUAUAACGAAACUAAAAAAGCUUAUAUUGAGAGGAUUAGUAAAAAUAAAAUAAUAGACUUCAUCCCACGGAAUGAGAUUGAGGAAAAAAUAGAAUAUGUUGAUGUUGGAGGUUCUGGGCUUAUUACAAAGGCGAAAUGGAUAAAAAAGAAUAUAACUGUUGUUUUAAAGACAGUGAUAGUUUCUGAAGAAACAAAUUCAGAUAAUGAUGAAUUUAUUAAAGAGAUUAAGGCUUUUCAUAAUAUUGGACUAGUGCUUUCAAGUAAAACGAAUGAAGAAAAUGAAGAAAAACCAUCUCUUGUAGGAUAUGAAAAUGUAAUCAAAUUUUAUGAACAACCAAUAAAUGAGUCAACUGAUUCCUAUGUUAAACUUUAUACAAAUUGCUGGGAUGGUGAUCCUAAGUCGCGACCAGAAAUUAAUCAGGUAUAUGAAUCAAUACGUCAAGAAGACAUAAUAUCAGGUGAAAAAUGGAAAGAGUUACCACAAAGUUGUAAUUCAUCACAAAGUAAUGAUUCACCAAAAAGUAGUGAUUUAUCACAAAGUAGUAAUUUAUCACAAAGUAGUGAUUCAUUACAAAGUAGCAUAUCUGAUGCCGAUACCGAAUCUAAUAAAACCAAUGACGAAGAACUUCUUAAUAUUAUGUCUGAGGCGUUUGGACAUCUCUCUACCGAAAUUCGUGAGAGGAUUCUACAAAUUUCUGAUG